AUGUCCAGGCCCGAAGCAGAGCCUGACGAUGUGGCCGCUGCGCGCCACGAAGUGGAAGCGGAGCUUCGAGCACGCCAGACUACGCUGGACGCUGUCGGAAGGGGCGGUGAAUCCGGUGUAUCGACACCUGACACACAGCUUGCGAUCAAGAAGGACAGAGACUUCGUGCGUCGCAACCUGCCGAUGAACCUUCAGCAGCAGUACCUGCGGCGUGUUUCCACCCUUCCAGACAUCGUGAACAGGAAAAUCAAGGUCCCAGUCUUCCACAAGCAGCUCUACACCGAGGAUCCGCGGGUUCGGGCAGCGACGAUUCGCAUGGCCCAUGGCAUGGAGCCGCCGCACUUCAGGAUGGCUUUGGAAGAGUCUGCAAAGAGCGGGUCGAAGUGGUCGCAGAUGUUCCGCCCAGGUUUCAAUGACAUAGUCAAUGAGACAUUCAAAGUGGGCGCGAAUGCUUGCAUCUUGGCCAAGACGUUCUUGACGAACAAGCAGGAGCGUGAGCAGUUUCUGCGCAUGCACGUCAAGGACUCCAACGGCAUUCUGUGGUUUGAGCUGCAGCGGGAGCUGGAGAGCAUCUACUACCAGAGGAUUGACUUUGUGGAUGUCCAGAUGUACCAUCCCUUUGCCUGGGGCUUUCCGGACUCCUCAAAGAUCGCGACGCCCAACCCUGGUGAGCCGAUCGAUCCAUUUCACGGAUGGUGUGCUAGAAAAAGCAUGGACAGCGUUACGGAGAUGGAGGAUGUAGACUUCCUCUACACCUUGCGGUUGCGCUGUUUCCCCGAAAGCACAUUCCAGGCGCUUUCGCUUGGGAAGAUUCCGGCCUUCAUUCAGCAGUACAUCGAUAUUCACAAGGACACCCUUUCUGAUGCCGAAGAGGAGGAAGAGGACAGGUAUCAUUUUUUGCUCAUGCUCAACCUUGUUGAUCCUCGACCCUUGGGCCUUUACCAGCCUCAGGAGGAGGGCGCCGACAAAGCAGCAGAAGAAGCUGGGGCGAAGUCCGGUAUAUCGAAGGAUGAAAUGUUGGAUUACGGUCUCAGGGAAGAAGAGGAGACCCAAGCCUUGCCUGAAGACAUCAACCGGCAGCAGAAAGGCAACACUGGACCGGAUGUGUUGGAUGCGCAAAUUAAGCAGUUCAAGCUGAAAGGCCUUAGUGCCAUGCGCGUUUUUCUGCGCACCCGUGGCAUACCGGACAACAUGAAGCAGUGCCAAAUCACACCCAAGAUGGUGAAGGACAUGGCUGCACAGCUGGGUGUACGUCCACACCCCGAUCUGUACUGGUAUUGCAUGUUUGCGCUUCGCUAUUCCUUGGCUCCCGAAUGGGAGGUGAUCGUGAAGCAAGACACACGCUUCUAUGUCCACCUACCGUCGGAUCGCAUGCAAAUUGUGCACCCGAUGAUCAGGCGGUUCCGUGAGCACCUCGAGGACACUAGACAAAACGAGUUCCUCUGGGAGUACCGCGGGUUUGUGCAGAUGAAGUGCAGCGAGUGUGGUAUUCCGGACGCGAUCGUCUGGUGUCAGCAGUGUACAGACUACUUCUGCGCCACUUGCUUCCUCUCAUCGCACAAGACUGCGCGAGGGAAGAAGCACUGGCCGUCUCCCAUUCCCGGCUGCAGAUACCUUACAGCUUCCGAGGCUGCACGCAUGCACGACCAUCUGCCGCUCCUGAAUGUUGGUUUCUCCAUGCGCCGACGGUUCCUGGCGAGAGACAACCAGUCUGACCGGAAUGGUUCCAGGAGUGGAGAUACCUGGCUGUUUUUCCACGCGGACACCUUUGAAGCAGCCCUGCUGCAAGCACCGGAGAAGCACUGGUUCUUGAAGCGCCUGAAGCCUCCGCGACUAGCGCCGACAGCCGAAGGCUACUACUACAACUUCCGCAACGAUGUGAUUGCAGAUGAUCCUUCGCACAUCAUGUCGAAGGCGCACGAGCAGAAAGCAAUCGCUCUGCUGCAGAAGAACAUCCGUGGUGCCAUUACACGAAAGCGCAUCAAGCAAGAGCUGCGGGCUGCAAAAAUCAUCCAGAAGAGCAAGCGGAUGUGGGAUGUGCGCAAAGCCAAGACCGACACGGCGAGAAACCUGCAGCUGCUGAAGGGUUGGUACAUGCGCUACCAGGCAAACGAGCGCCAGUCGAGGAUGCUCCACCGGGUGACACGCUUUCAGGCAGUUUGGAGAGGCUACAUCGUUCGGUGCGACCACUACCAAACGAUGAAGGACAUCACCCGCUUCCAGGCGAAGUGGAAAGGCACCUUGACCAGGCGCCGCCAUCAAGUCCUGGUGAAAGCUGGCCUGACCAUUCAGCGAUACUACCGCGGUAGGCUAUAUGGUCGAAGGCCAAUGCGGGAGAUGAACGAGGCUGCCUCGAAGCUCCAAGCUAUGGCGCGGGGUGUCGCUCUUCGGGAAGCUCGGCGGGGCAAAAAUCGUGCAGCUGCUUACGUGCAAGCCCACUGGCGCGGAUAUGAGGCUCGCAAGAUGACAGCAAGGAGGUUGGAGUCUGUCAUCAUGCUCCAGCGGAAUUGGCGCAGAUUCCAGUCGCAGUUGGACGUCAAGGUUAUCCUGUACGACAGGAUGGAGACCGUGCGGCAGCGAUUUCUGGAGCUGAUCCGGUCAAAGCUGGAGGGUUCGGCAGCUGUUCUGAUCCAGAGGAACUGGCGCCGGCACUCUGAGUAUCACCGGGUCGUCACGAUGAGGAAGACCAAGGCUGAGGCUGACAAGAAGAUCAGCACGCUUCUCACAGCCUUUUACACCGCAGCCUCAGAGAUUCGACACUACAUCCAUCCGUGGUGGCGACAUCUGCCUGCAGAGAUCCAAGAGGUCCUGUCUCAGGUGAAGGCCUCGAUGCAGCGAACCAUAGGUCUCGUGCACGUGACAGGAAAGCUGGCCAAUGAAGAGAUUGGGAAGCGAGGCCUGCGAGUGUCUGGGCAAGAGCACCUGCAUUAUGAUAGUGACAAGCCUGAUUUGGUUUCCCACAUGCUGCUCUCGGUCACGCGGCAUCUGCUAAACCAGAUUCCGGCGGAGGCUUUCCCGGACACCGUGGAAUGGGCCUGCUACGCCAUGUCGCACCAGGCUGUGAAGUUCGCGCUCAGCAGGGCCUGCAUCCAGCGGGAGAUCAUCCCGGUGGGCAAAGAGAUCCCUCCGCAUCCCGGGGACUCGCUGGCCACGCUGUGGGAGACAAGUGGUACGGUCAAGCACCACCAUGACUGGCUCAUCACUCUAUCAGAGGAAAGCCUGCCAUGUCUCGUGCUGAACACGCUCCCUGCCAGUCAUCGCCACGUGUACCUGACAGCAGAGGUUUUGGUGACAAUGCGACAGGCAUUGGAGUCACCGACGAUCUCCACAGAAGACCAUCUGCGAUUCCAAGGGCUUGAUGCCACCGCAGGUGCCCAGAUGAUGGAAGUCCUGAGCAGCGAGCUGGACCAUCGUCUGCCGCACGACUGGACUCAGCAGCAUGGCACAGUGGCGGCGCUGGCGCUUGUGCUCAGCAACCACAUGAAGGACUUCACUUCAGAGAAAGACAAGGACGGAAAGACCCUGACGACCAAAGCCAAGGCCAAGUCCAAGUCGAAGGCCGAUCCAAAGGCAAAGGGUGCCGCUGCGGGGAAGAGAAAAGAGGGAAGAAUGAGUACUGGUCUGGAUAUUCCCAGAGAUGGCGAUGCUGUGUCUGUGGCCACCACCACGCCGGGUGCGUCGCCAACUGCGCCCUUCUCCACGCCACUGCCAGAAGGUGGUGCGCUGUCUCAUUUCACCCGAGCCGCAACGAUGCGGGUCCUGCAGCAGGUCGGAUACUUUAUGCGGGGUCAGGACGAAGCCAUGCAGAGUGUGCUGGCCAAAGGUUCUGCAGAUCCUGCUUCCCCAAAAGCUGGAGCUGGUAUGCGUGCUAACCGCUUUGUCUCCGUCACGGACAAACUGUUCGAGAUGGCGGACAGAGCCAUGCACGACCAUUGCUCCUUCGUGCUCGCUGUUGUUCUUCUGCACAUGGUCCUCAGAGGGCUGCAUCUGCGUUUACUGUAUCACCGAGCUGCUGUGUCCAUCCAGCAGAGAUACCGCUACAUCAAGCUGCGGGGGCAGAAGCAGAAUGCUAUCGCACCCGCAAUGCGAAUUCAACGACACUGGCGUGGGCUUCGCGCCGCCUUGGGCAUAAUGCGCAAGGACGACGCUGCAUGGAAAAUUCUCCGGAACUACAAGGCGUGGAAAUGGAACCUUCGAGCGUCCAAGCUCCUCAACUCUGUACUCCGAAUUCAGAGAGUGUGGCACAGUUCAGUGCACCGGAAGUGGAUCAAGCGCUGCCACAAGGCUGCGGCCUGCAUCCAGCGCCAUGCAAGGGGCUUCGCGGUGCGGCUGAUGCUGGAUAAACCGGGAAGAGAGCUCACCGGCGUCUGCCAGCAGGAAAUCGAGGAGCUCGUGGUCACUAGAAGUCAGAUGUCAGAAACACGUUGGUGGGCCAAAACUGCCGUUCGGGCAGCCAAGGCUCGUGUCGAGAUGGCACGGCAUCGCCAGCGCAAUCUUGACAGGAAUCUCAUGCAGGGUCUUGGCCCCAGGUCUGACCAGGCCAGGCUCAUGGACAAGCAGAGGCGGCUGAGGUACAAGGGAGCACUGCAGCCUGCCAGAGAAUCCGUCUUCGAGCCUUUCAUCUUUGCGCUGGCACGACUUGAUGCUCCUGAGCCUCGGUAUGGUGCGAAGCGUUCGCCCGUCAUGGAAGAGGUUGAAAAAGCUCGGAAACAUCUUGUCAGGUGGCUUCCGGCCGCCCCGCCCCCGCUGCCUCAUAUAGCCGCUCGCCGAGGGCGCCGUGCUGUCUUGGCACGGCGCAUUGCAAAGAAGGCACGGCACGCGCAGCCCAUCCCGGAACCCGACCUGGAGGAGGAGGAAGAGGAUGAAAGUGGCCAGCUCAUCGUGCGGCAGGAUGGUGCAGAGCUGGAUGAUGACGAAUUCCAGCACUGGAAGCAUCGCCUGUUCAAGGUGGCACCGUACCGCGCCGCCUCCUGA